GUCGUUUGACUAUUAAAGUGUACACAGCAAACGCAGAAAUACACAUUACAACCGAUUUUAUUUACUUAUUGAGAAUUGCAUAUAAAUAACCAUAAUUUUUGAAGCGAAAUUUCUAUUUUUUAUUUGAUGAAAAAUACGAAUUUAUAAAUCUGAAACAAAAAACAAUUGAAUAAAUUUUUGUGUGUAUUUUUUGACCUGCUAAAAAUUAAACGGUCAAUCAAAUUUGAAUAAGGCGAUAAAUGUAGAGCCGAAGAAAGAAAGAGAGAUAAAAAAAGAGUUUUAUAAACAAAUUUAAGCGAAUUACUAAAGGUCAAUUCGCGUUCAUCGCCUGUAGCCACGAGAUUUUUUCUUUUGAGCAAAAGCUAAAAUUUACGUACGUACACGCAACGGAACCAAAACGUGAGCGGUAUCAAAACUCUCUCUCUCUCUUCUCCCUCUCUCCCUCUGUGUGAAAUUGUGGAAGAACAAACAACGAAAUAUUUAAAACAACAGAAAAAAGGAGUCGACAAGGAAUUUUUGUUUUGGUGGCUUCGAUGCUUCAAUACCAUUUGGUGCGCUAUCGCAAAAUUGCACACACAUUCGCAUACAUUAAUGUGAUGCGCCACCGUAGUUCACGUUUCUGACUGCAUACGCUCUCAAGAAGUGUUUUGUUCGCUCUCCAUUGAUUGAAAAAAAAAAAAUCAUUGUAACAUACCAAAUCCAGUCACGGAAGCAUUAAAAAUCCUUCCGUUCUUUCUUUCUCUCAAUUCAUCUCUGUAACACUGGACUCUUACAUUCCGGUCACCGAAUCCCGCAGCGCAAAUCACAUAAAAAUCACGAUGAAGACGUAUUCAAGUGUAUCGCAUAUGUUCCAUUAAAACAUAAUUGAAUGAAAAGAGAAAGAGAAAGAAAAAGAAGACGAAUAUUUGACUUACGAGUGUGGCUAAAGUUCAAACAUUGAUUGAAAUACGUGGAUUUAUCGAAAAGAAAGUUGAAACGAAGAAAAAAAAAGAAGAAUCAAACCGAAUCGCAUCGUUUGGAUAAAAGCGAAAUUGUUUUCAUUUUGUUCAAUUAUCUGCCACACACAUCGAAUCAAAGCGAAUAUACGCGCUGCUAAUGUUUUACAUUCGGUGCAAAAUCAUUGAAUUGAUAAAUUGUGUUAUUGGCGUAAACAGCGUACGGUCGAAACAAACGACAAAAUGACAAUUAUUUUAUUUCUGAUUGACACAUCGGCAUCGAUGUGCCAGAAAGCAUAUGUAAACGGUGUACAAAAGACUUAUUUGGAUAUUGCAAAAGGUGCAGUGGAAACAUUUUUAAAAUAUCGACAACGAUCACAAGAUUGUAUGGGCGAUCGUUAUAUGCUGUUAACAUUUGAAGAUCCACCGUGCAACGUAAAAGCUGGAUGGAAAGAGAAUCAUUUUACAUUUAUAAAUGAAUUGAAAAAUUUACAAAGCAAUGGACUCACAUCGAUGGGUGAAGCAUUGAAAAAUGCAUUCGAUUUACUUAAUUUGAAUCGAAUGCAAUCGGGCAUUGAUACAUAUGGACAGGGACGGUGUCCAUUUUAUUUAGAACCAUCGGUUAUAAUUGUCAUCACCGACGGUGGACGCUACUCGUACAAGAAUGGAGUACAUCAGGAGAUCGUAUUAAAUCAAUAUACAGGCAUGAAAUUAACAAAGGAACCAUUUCGAUGGGAUCAACGAUUAUUUUCGCUGGUGCUACGAAUGGCCGGUAAUAAAGUUGAUGAAAGAGUUGAAGGUAAAGUUCCACAUGACGAUUCGCCGAUUGAACGAAUGUGUGAAGUGACGGGUGGCCGUUCGUAUCGUAUAAAAUCACAGUAUGUGUUGAAUCAAUGUAUUGAAAGUUUGGUGCAAAAAGUGCAACCGGGUGUUGUUGUCCAGUUUGAACAAUUGUUGGCCAAAGAUUUGAAAGACGGUGAAAUUCAAGACAUUGCAUUUCAACAAACAAAGAAAAUGAUUUAUGUGGCAAAGCAUCCAUCACAAAAGAAUCAAUUUCCGGUUGGUUUUUGGCCCAUACCCGAACCAUAUUGGCCCGAUGCAAAACUCAUCACAUUGCCCACACGCGAUGCACAUCCGAAAAUUCGCAUAAUCACACCAUGUGUCGAUGAACCGCCAAUGGUUCGCAAUUUUCCGGUUGAUAAAUAUGAAGUCGAAGCCAGUCCAUUAACACUACAGAUUUUAUCAAAACGUGAAUCAAACAAAUGUUGGCCCGUUGUGAUUUCAAAUGGUAAUUAUACGCUUGAACAACCAUUCGGAUACCUAAAAACGUGUCCACCAUUUACGCAAGUGUAUUUAAUCAUUUUGCCAUAUAAUUAUCCGGUUCUGUUGCCGUUGGUAAAUGAGCUACUGCAUAAGUAUAAUUCAUCGCCACCACCCGAUUGGACCUAUCGUUUUAGUUUGUAUCUGCGUCAAAUACCACCAUAUUAUGCACCAUUUCUACGACGUGCUCUCAACACAGCCAAUGUUCCGUACAAUUUUCUACAAUACAUUCUGCCCGAAAAUUUAGAUAAUUAUCUCAGUCCGUCGGUUGCAAACUAUUUGAAAACAAUUAAGAAUACAGCAAAACAAGAACAAGAGAAUAUGUGCUUGCGUGUGCUGAAACAAUUGAAAAUGCCGAAGCCACCAUUCCAUCAAGUUGAAACGACAAAAUUGAAUUUGGGACUGAAUUCAAAACGUGAUCUCGUCACACAUCCACAAUUGCGUGAAACAUUUGCCAAAGUAAAUAGUGAAGUGAUUUCAUCGGAAAAUUAUACGAUCGUUGUGCCGACGGUGAACGAACAAGGUCCGGCAAAAAAUUAUCGAAAUCCAUUCGAUAUUCCACGGCAUGAUCUGAUCGAUGAGAUUGCACGCAUGCGAGAGAAUUUCUACAAACUUCCCACAUCCAAUAUUACAAUCACAAGCAAAGAUUUUGGUCAUUGUUUGCCAAUUUCCGAUAUGGGCAAUUAUCAAGAAUAUUUGAAGAACAAAGAGACACCAUUGCGAGAAAUUGAACCGACCAAUGUGCGACAACAUAUGUUUGGCAAUCCAUACAAGAAAGACAAGCACAUGGUGAUGGUCGACGAAGCCGAUUUGGGUGAAGUUAUAAUGAAACCGAGCCCGAAUCCAUUGGGAAAGAAAAUGGAAGUCAUUAAUCGUACGAGAAAACGAAAAGCAGGCCCAAUUCGAAAAGAUUAUGUGUUCAGACGCUUGUCAACCGAUUCGUGCAGCAGCUUUGGUUCGAAUGAUUCGAGCGAUGCGGACGAUACACGUUCCAUAUCAGAUACAUUAUCAAUAAAUUCGGAUAGUGAUGAGAAUGAGCUAACAAUUGAUUUGGGUUUCAAUCAACCAUCGGUGGUGGAACAAGAUUUUAUGGUGAACGGUCAUGUGCAAAGUUUCAUCAAUGGUGAAAAUAGUGAUGAUUCGGAUGAUGUAAUAAUGCAACCAGCACCAUCGAUAAGUACACAAAAUUUGAAUACGGGUCCAUUAUUGUCACCAAUCCUGAUAAAUGCACCGUAUAUAAAUCAAACGUUGCCUUCGCCAAUACAAAUACAAGCACCCAUACCGAUUGCGAUCAAUCAAACGUAUCCAACACCAUCAACCACAUCAUCGCCACUGUCACAACAAAAUGGGUCGUCAACACAGCCAACGGUGGUAACGCCAGCUGCUCCACCUCCAGCCCAUGCUCAAGCACACAAUGACUUAAAUGAUGCACAGGAAAUUUCAAAAAUUCUGCAGCAAUGCCAUAACGGAACGACUACAAAUAGCGCCAGCAACAGUAACAAUAUUAGCAUAAGCAACAAUAAUAGCAACAGUUCAAUCUCACAUGGAAAUAUCAACAGCAAUAAUAGUAAUGGAAAUAGUGGCAUAUUAUUUGAGCCAAUUUCGUCAUCGCAUUUAAAUCAAAAAUCAUCAACAACAUCAUCAUCAACCACGUCGUCCACAACGUCGUCGUCCAUAAAUCGUGAUACGCCAACAACAAAUCGCAACGAAUUUGAAGUCGCAAAUCCAUUCACACCAACAACCAAUGUAUCACAUCAUUCGACACACAAUCAUCACACAAACAAUUUAGACAGCACUGCAACGCAUAAAAAACAACAACACCACGAUAUUCAAAGCAAUACAACAACAAAUAAUAAUAGCAAAUCCGAAGAGGACACACAUCACCGCAACGAUAAUGAUGAUGAGCUAAAAGAAACAAUACGACAACAUAAUUUACAAACACGAAAAAUUAUUUUCCAAGAUAUUCGACGACCCGGUCGUGACUAUUCACAAUUGCUUGAACAUUUGGAUCUGAUCAAAGGCAAUCUGGAAACAAAAUUACAAUUCAUUGAAAUGUGCAUUGAAGAAUCGCAACGAUUCCGACGGAAAAAAAUGGCCGACUGCAUUCAAGAAUGGUGGGAUAAAUAUGUUGAUCGAACGAAUAAUUUCAAUUCAAUUGAAUUUGCCACGUGAUGAGUGUACGCAUAAAACGGUUAAAACACAGAAAAUUUUAUGUGUCGGACGCACAUUAAAUGCACACAUCCACACACACACACACACACACACACACACACCAUACAUUGAAUGUAAAUACAUUUUGUUAUUGAUCACACAUAUAUACACCGCACCGGUGUGUCGUGUCACAAACAACACAUAUAUUUUGUGCGAAUGCUAAAGCAAUUGCUCGACUGGAUAUUUAUUGGAGCAAAAAAUCGUCUUUAGUUAGUUUCAUAUAGUAUAAUGUCUGUCAAAAUAAGCAAAAAAAGAACAAUUUUCAUUUUUUCAGCAAAAAAAAACAGAGAAAGAAAACAAAUGAACAUUGAUGUAUGUUGUAAUUUCACUAGAUUUGCUGCUUUUGUUUCAUUUGUAUAAGAUUAUCUUUAAAAAUCUGUAAAUAACUUUUUUUUAAAAAAAGAAAAGAUUGAAUACGACAUUAUUUUAAUAUUUCGA